AUGGAAGAAAACUUAACUGCUUGCCCCAAAUUCCUAGUCAAAACCAAGCUACCAACCACUUCUCCAGCUAGAAUUUCUGAACUUUUGCUGAGGCUGUAUGAAACAGUCAAGCUGAUUCCUGAGCGUUUGUUUACGUACAAAGUUUUUGGUGAACGGCGCGGUCCACAUUAUGGGCACUAUGACUUAGUGGGAGGUCAUUUGGCAGCCGGUCAAGUUUAUCCACUUAUAAUUGAGUUUCUAACUCGUCAUGAUGAAACCUAGCCAUGUGAAGCCAUACAUGACAGACAUCGGUUUCUCUCUUAUGCUUUCUUUCUAAGUUCUGUCGUUGAAAAAUGAAGUUAUCCCAAUGAAGAAUCACUUUAAAUAGAAGAAAAUCCCGGAUGCCUAUCAAUCUGUGGUAUGAGAGAAAGAGGAAGCUGUGAAUAUGUAUAUGUGGUGGUAGUGUUGUUGUUGUAAGCAGUUCAGAGGUGUCCAUGAUCGGUUGACGAAAUAGCAAAUGUAAAUAUUACACACUAAAACAAAUGUUCCUCCUAAGCAUUAUUACAUCUCAGAUUCCGAGAUUAGCUUCUAAAGAUGCAUCCUUCUAGGAGUGCUGUGGGUGAAAUAAUGAACUUGUAUCGGUUAUUGACUUUUGUAUCAGUUUGCUGUAUAGUGAAGUUUUCUGGAGCAAGUACUGGACUCAUCUUUCUUUUAUUGCCAGCCAGAAACAUAAAAAUGAUUCCUG